GGCAGGGACGCGAGGGUGGGCGGCCGUGGGAGACCCGGUUGCUGGGGCCGCGGGGGCCGUUGGGAGCUCGGGCUGGACCGCCCCUGCCGGUAACCGCCGGUGGCUCCCGCCAUGAGCGGUGGCGCCCGGCGCUGCUGCAGCACCAGGAACAGCGGGGCCACCGUCCUCAGCUCGCCGCCCUCUGGGGGCGAGGACCCCCUCAGCCCCUCCACAGGCUCCCCGCUCUCCCUCGCGUCUCGCUCCAGCUCCCCGGGCUGUGAGGAGGAGGAGCGGGUGGCGGCCUCCCGGAGCCUGGCAGGCGAUAGGAAGGCUGAAUGCUCUGAAAUAGCAGGGGGGAGAAAAGUGUCACCUUUGAAAGAUAACCUUUCGCCAUGGGAAGAGUGGUUCAUUGGCAAAGAGAAGGAACUGCGUGCCCGCUUACAAGCUAGAGCUGCAGAGGAAAUGAAUAUACAGCUUGAGAAAAUGAAGCAAUAUCAAGAAUGUGAAAGAAGAAAAAGGAUAGCUGAAGAGAAACACAAGGAAUGGGUCCAGAAAAAAAGAGAAGAGGAAAGAAGAGAAAGGAAACGAAAGCUGAGCAAAGAAAUGGCGGAAAAAGCGACAAGGGAACUAGAAAAAAUGCAGUUACAAGAAAAGGCUGACAUAAAGUAUAAAGAAUGGUUAAAGAAGAAGAGAGCUGAGGAGGCAGAAAAGAAGGAAAAGGAGAAGGAAAAAGAAAAAGAACGGGAGGCUGAGCUAAAGGAGAAGAGAACAAGAUCGGAGAAAAUCUUUAAGGAAUGGCUGCAAAAUGCUAGAAAUAAACCACAGCCUGCUUUAUAUAGUUAUGGUUUCCCACAUGGGAAGUCUACAGGGAGUGCUGAUAGAAAUUUGUAUCCGGCUCCAGCAUAUUGUAACCCCAUUCCUUGGAAACCAGUACAUGUGCCUCCCCCAAAGGAAGACAGUUUUCUUACCUUGAAGAAGAGUAUGGGACCUGUAUCUUGUCAGCCUUGUGCAUCUUUACCAAUGGUGAUUUCGAAGCCCAAGAGCAACCCUUGUAUUGGAUCUCUGUGCAGAAAGAAGUUAUAGUUCAGAAAAAGUGUUCUUACAAUCUUGAGCAAACUGGGCCAUAACUGUGAAGUUCUAUGUAGUUACAUGUCCAAAGCAGAUUGCUUUGUGCCUACUUCUUUUUUUUCCAUUUUUGUGAGCAGGCUUUGUGUUUACCACUAAUCGACCAAUCAGGCUUUUUAUGUUUUUUCUAUAUUGCAUUUUAGUUUUAAAAAAAAAGGAAAAGAUAAAUUGUAAUGGGACUGUAACUCAAUACCAAUAAAAUGCACAGGAUUGUUUCUUCCUUUUC